AUGAGUCAAGAUGCGAAGAACUUUGCCCGGGAAACAUGGUCACUAUACGGCGUGGCGAUGCUGGUUGUUGCUCUUCGAUACACUGCUAGAAUACGUCGCUUUGGUAUCCGAGGCCUCAAAAUCGACGACUAUGCAAUGGUUAAUUGCGUCAUAUGGUACACGCUUUUAUGUGUUGCCUUCAACCAGAUCAAGUUCGGUGACGGCUCGAAUUUGAUGAACGACGAUGAAAUUGCCGCAUUGACACCAGAGAUCAAGGCGAGCAGGAUUGCGGGGAGCAAGUGGGUUUUGGUGUCCGAACACUCCAUGCUUCUCGCCAUUUGGAGCACGAAGGUCUGCGUACUCGUUUUGUAUGCCAGUAUAACCGAGGGCCUCGAGCAAAGGAAGUGGGUAAAUUAUGUAGCCAUCUACACGGCGUUGAGCUUUAUUGGCAGCGAACUCGCCCUUUUCCUCGCGUGUCGCCCGAUACAGCAAUACUGGGCUGUUCCUGCUGCAAACCCACAAUGUUCGAACUUUCAAUAUUUUGAAAUCGUCCAAGGGUCCUUGAGCAUACCAGGAGACAUGGCCAUCCUUGCCAUCGGCAUUCCCAUCUUGGUCCAACUCCACCUCCCCAUACAGCAGAAAGCCAUCCUCCUCAUUAUUUUUGGUAUGGGUGGCUUCAUCAUUGUCGCUGCCAUCUUGACGAAAGUAUACUGCCUAGUACCCGAGUUGAUCUCGUACGUCUAUAUGAACUGGUACUUCCGGGAGGCUUCCGUCGCCGUCUACGUGACGAACCUCCCAGCCGUUUGGCCGCUGGUUCGCGAGGUCUUCCCGCACCUGAAUUUGUCGGGUUCCCACGCCAAGGUUACCAAUGUCAGUGGAAAUCGACCUUGGGUGCGUUCCAACAGCCGCGCACGAAUUACCUCCAAUGACUUCGAUAUGAAAGAAUUCAAAAGGGCCCCUGGUGCCGAGAGUCAGGAGCGCAUUAACGAUAGUGAUUCCGGUAAGAGUCUAGAGCCGCAGGCUAUAGAGAUUCAACGCGACGUCACGUUUACGGUGCAAUCCGAGAGUAUAGCAAGGGUUGCCGCAAAUGGCGCACCAGAUGUUGCACCAGAUGGGAGAUGGGACUUGAACCAUAUGACUACGGUCGUUAGUACUGCACGUUAG